AUGGACAUUCACAUGUACUCCAAGAUAAAAAGUGAACAUAUUGUUCUUAUGAGCUCUGUCCUGGGGAGCCAUGAGAAAGCCAAGGAUGCAAUAUUCUACUCCUAUAAUAGGCACAUCAACGGUUUUGCUGCACUACUAGAAGAGGAAGAAGCAGAAGCACUAAAGAUUAAGAAAAUUACUAAAAAUCCAAAUGUAGUGUCUGUAUUCUUGAACAAAAUGUAUCAACUGCACACUACCCGGUCAUGGGAAUUUCUUGGACUCGAAAGAAAUGGAACAGUUCCUAAGGACUCUACUUGGGAGAGGGCAAGAUAUGGUGAAGGCACAAUCAUUGGUAACCUUGAUUCAGGUGUAUGGCCAGAAUCCAAGAGUUUUAGCGACCAAGGAAUGGGGCCAAUUCCAUCCAAGUGGAAAAGGAUCUGUCAAAUGGUCAACUUUGAUAGCCCAGAUAACAAAUUAUGCAACAGGAAGCUAGUUGGAGUAAGAUUUUUCUCCCAAGGUUUUGAUGCAUUAUUUUCUUCUGCAUGUGACACUGAUGGCCUUGGUUCACAUACUCUGUCAACUGCUGGGGGUAACUUUGUUGAAGGAGUAAAUGUCUUUGGUAAUGGUAAUGGCAAUGUCAAAGGAGGAUCUCCAAAGGCACAUGUUGCAGCCUACAAGGUGUGUUGGCCGAUAAUGAACACAGGUAGCUGCUACUUUGCAGAUAUCUUAGCCGGUUUUGAGGCCGCCAUAAGCGACGGUGUAGAUGUGAUUUCAGUUUCUCUUGGUGGGAGGAAGCCCGAAGAGCUGUUUUCUGACCCAAUAUCUAUAGGUUCCUUCCAUGCAGUUUCAAAUGGUAUAGUUGUUGUUAGCUCUGCUGGGAAUAGGGGACCUUAUCCUGGGACUAUUUCUAAUGUGGCACCCUGGUUGUUCACUUUUGCUGCUAGCACAACAGAUAGAGACUUCACCAGUUAUGUUAAGCUUGGUGACAAGAAGAAGCUUAAGGGUCCUAGUCUUUCUUCUAUGGGCUUGCCAUCAAAGAAGUUCUAUCCUUUGAUUAGUGCUGCGAACGCCAAUAAAGCAAAUGCACUGCCUCAAGAAGCCAAACUCUGCCGUGAGGGAACUCUUGAUGCUGAAAAGGUGAAGGGAAAAAUCGUGGUCUGUCUUGAAGAUAAGUUUUCUGCAGUUCUACAAGGCUCAGAAGCUGCUUCUGCAGGCGCCGUUGGAAUGGUUUAGGCCAAUAUGGUUUUGUUUAUUUUGUUACAAUUGGUUUUGUUUUUUCAGCCUGACAUAACUGCACCUGGGGUGAACAUAAUUGCUGCUUACCCAGAAGCCACAAGUGUAUCUGGAUUACUAUCAGAUGAUAGAAGGGUUCCUUUAAAUUCAUUGACUGGAACUUCCAUGGCAUGCCCCCAUGUAUCUGGCAUUGUAGGCCUUCUCAAAACACUUCAUCCAGAAUGGAGUCCAGCAGCUAUCAAGUCAGCAAUUAUGACCACCGGUCUCUCAGGAAUCGGGAUGUGGAAGUUUCUGAUUUUCACGAGUUUAUAAAGUCAUCACGCAGGCAUCACGUUUUAAUCAGCAACACUUACCAUUAUCAAGUACCUUGACCCCUCAAUAGGGCUAAAUUUGUCUCCUCUGAUGCUGUGAGGAGUGAUUUAUUGGAAGGGACUCGGGAGCUCUGCAGAGGGUGACAACCUAAGGAGCAGAAUCUUGAGGCUAAGGCUCCCCAAGCGAAGUACCACGAACAUUCUUCAGAAAUGGGUCCUCAAAGGUAAUUCUCUUAUGGUGCCUGAUCGCCGCAAAUAGCAAAGAGCAUAGGAGAUCUCAACGUUACAAACACACUUCAGAGGUUUGGUAAAAUAGUGUUUUCUAGAAUUCAGGUUUAAUAACUUAUAGCUCUAGAAGUUCUAAAUGUCUACUUUAUUAUAUGCCAACCCAAAGGUGAAUCCUGCAGUCCAAUUACAGAUUUAUUGAUCUGGUUUCAACAUAAUUUAAUUGAAAAGUUAGUUAUCAGAUCAUAUAAUUGCCCAGAUUCAACACAACAUCCUUCUUUGACAGAUUUGUUCGAUGAUGUGGUGUUGCAGUGAUCUAAGAAAACAAAUAUAUUUGAUAAUCAACUUCACAUUCGAUGUGAGGAGGGUGAUGCUCAUGCAAUACAAAAGUGAUAAAGUAACCACAAACUUUGAACAAAGCAUGAGAGACCUAUACAUAUGCAUGCACAAAGACGUACUACAUAGAUAGCAACUGUACAAAGAGAUCAAGUGCCAGUAAAAUCAUAUUAUCAUUUUUUUCACCGCGCGAGGUUUGAGUCUAGUUAAAUGGAAGUUCCAUCAGAAAAUAAUCCAUAUUUUCUAGGAAUCUGAUGUCUGACCCAACGACGGAGCUCGCAGUGGUCGGACGAAGUUAAAAGUUUAGGAUGGCCAGUUGUUUUGCUGAGAUCAGGACACAUUUUCUUAAUGUUACAGCUGGUGAUGGGAUUAUUGAGUAUAAUGUAAUUGUACUUCACUAUCAAAUUAGCAUCAAAUGUUACUGAUAAAUAAAGAAUGAAGUUUAGUUGACACUCAUCAAAUGUUUGUAGAAUUUCUAUUUUCUAUUGACUCUGAUCCAGUUCUAUCAUAUUCAUGCUCCUUGCUCUAGGGACAGGUAAUGGCUGCAUGACUCUGGAUAUAUCUUCACUCUAGGAGGUACUUUGUAAAUUUAGGAAAUUAUCCAUCAGGUGCUAGAUGAUUCCAUUUUUCUCUUCCAAAUAAGAGUAAGAGACUAUGGAAUAUACUGUGUAUACUUUUAAAUAAAUUGUUUCACCUUCAAAGUCAUGGCAGGAUUUUAGUUACCAAUGCCCCACACAAAUUUAGGUUUAAGACUAUGUUU